GGUGGCCCUUCCCGGCUGCUCACUCUCUUCCCGCCCCUGGGCCCGUGUCCACCCUCUUCUCGUACCUUCUAGCAGUUGAGCUGUAAGCUGCACUGUUCGUCAGGAUGCUCGGCCAGCAGGUUUUAGUGCUCAAUCAGAACAUAAAGAGAGAGUCAGGACGUAAAGUCCAGACUGGAAACAUCAAUGCCGCCAAGACCAUUGCAGAUGUGAUCCGGACCUGCCUUGGCCCUCGGGCCAUGAUGAAGAUGCUGUUGGACCCCACAGGAGGAAUCGUGAUGACUAACGAUGGAAAUGCCAUCCUCAGAGAGAUCCAGGUCCAGCAUCCUGCCGCCAAAUCCAUGAUUGAGAUCAGUCGAACACAGGAUGAGGAGGUGGGAGACGGAACCACAUCUGUCAUCAUCCUGGCUGGGGAGAUGUUGGCUGUAGCUGAACAGUUCUUGGAGCAGCAGAUGCAUCCAACUGUCAUUAUCAGUGCCUACAGACAGGCUUUGGAGGACAUGUUGGAUGCCCUGAAGGACGUCAGCACACCAGUGGACACAUCAGAUCGCUCCAUGAUGCUGAAGAUUGUCCACUCAGCCAUCAACACCAAAGCUCUAAGCCGCUGGUCAGAGCUGGCCUGCAGCAUUGCACUGGACGCUGUCCGCACUGUCGAAUUGGAGGACAACGGACGCAAAGAGAUUGACAUCAAGAAGUACGCCAAGGUGGAGAAGGUGCCCGGUGGGAUCAUUGAGGACUCGUGUGUUCUCAGAGGGGUGAUGGUGAACAAAGACGUGACCCACCCUCGUAUGAGACGUAUGAUCAAAGAUCCUCGCAUCGUCCUGCUAGACUGCAGUUUGGAGUACAAGAAGGGAGAAAGCCAGACUGACAUUGAGAUCAGCAAGGAGGAGGACUUUGCAAGAAUUCUGCAGAUGGAGGAGGAAUACAUCCAGCAGAUCUGUGAGGACAUUAUCCGCCUGAAGCCAGACCUGGUGUUCACCGAGAAGGGCAUUUCAGAUCUGGCUCAACACUACCUGGUAAAGGCCAACAUCACGGCAAUCCGCCGCGUCAGGAAGACUGACAACAACCGCAUCGCCAGGGCGUGUGGGGCUCGUAUCGUCAGUCGGACUGACGAGCUGCGUGAGGAGGACGUUGGUACAGGGGCGGGGCUGUUUGAGGUGAAGAAGAUUGGAGAUGAGUACUUCACCUUCGUGACUGAGUGCAAAGACCCCAAAGCCUGCACCAUCCUGCUGAGGGGCGCCAGCAAGGAGAUCCUGGCUGAGGUUGAGAGGAACCUGCAGGACGCCAUGCAGGUGUGCCGUAAUGUCCUGAUAGAGCCCUACCUGUUGCCAGGUGGUGGCGCCGUUGAGAUGGCAGUGUCUAAGCGUCUGACAGAGCGUUCUCGCGCUCUAACAGGGGUUGAACAGUGGCCGUACCGCGCUGUAGCCCAGGCCCUGGAGGUGAUCCCAAGAACCCUGAUCCAGAACUGUGGUGCCUCCACCAUCAGAGUCCUGACCUCUCUGAGGGCUAAACACACUCAGGAGGACGGUUUGACUUGGGGAGUGGAUGGAGAGACCGGAUGCCUGUCUGAUAUGACAUCUCUGGGGAUCUGGGAGCCACUCGCUGUCAAAGCUCAGACCUACAAGACUGCUGUGGAGACGGCGAUCCUCCUGCUGCGUAUUGACGACAUCGUGUCUGGACACAAGAAGAAAGACAAAGACGAGGCGACUGGUGGACAAGGAGCUGAAUAAACCACCCUGACUGUGUGCGUGUCUGUCUGUGCGUGUGUGUGUGCGUGUGUGUGACAGCUUCUCGAAAACUAAAGCCCAGUUUGGAAACGUCUGUUCUCAUUGGUUCUGGUCUAAAUAAAGUGAUACAGCUCA